AACAGCAAGUCUAUAUACUUCAGUACCCUUUGACAGCUCAGCUGCUGUGAAACUGAGAAAAGCCUGCCCCAAACUCUUCAGCUGUUGAGAGAAUCCAGUAUAUGAGAGCACUAGUUAAAUAUAGCUCAUCAGUGCUCAGUUCCACGAGCUUUCAGUGUUCAUAUACAGUCUGACACAAGAAAAGGGAAACUUUAUGGCUGUGUUGUGUCUUCCCAUUCCUCAGGAGUCCCUCCCUACCUGUUAUUAUUAAAAACAAAAAAAAUCAGUAAGAGCUGUGAAUAAAGAACACAUGAAAGGCUGACCAAAGGGUGUCAUUCUGUAAUCACAGCUGACUGGAAUAUUUGUGAAGAAAGGGCAUUUUGUUCCUGGUUUCUAUCAAUUUUUGCAUGACUUCAGUGCUUGAUGGACCCAUAGGAAGAAAAAUCCAUUGCCUUCUCACACAUUCUGGAUUUGGAAUCUGUCAGAGAAAUAUCCGAGUGAAGGACUGCCGCACUUUUGGGGUUAAAAAGACACAAAUUCUCCAAGGAUAAGUUUAACUGCAGAAUUCAGUGUUUAAUCUGAGAAGUUGAGAGAGAGUUUAGUCAGGUUGGAAUGAAGUCAAGGAAUCAACCUUUAGAAACCAUGUCAAACAGAGAACAUUUUAAACCUCACUCAAUGCAUGCAAGUACAGAAGAACUAGAAACUGCCCAUGAAGGCAGAAAGAAAAAGCACAGAUCAAACAGACACAAAGAUGGGGAUACAAUGGCAUCAGGCACUGUGAAACGACACCAAAAAUCCUCAUCAACACGAGACCAAAGGACAAAGCAACUAGAGCUCUCCAAGGAUGACCUGCUUCAGCUUCUCAGUAUAAUGGAAGGUGAACUUCAGGCUAGAGAUGAUGUCAUUCAUUUGCUGAGGACAGAGAAGACCAGGCCUGAAGUGCUAGAAUCUCAUUAUGGGUUUGCACAGCCAGAAAAUGUCCUAAAAUCUCUGCACCGGGAUGCUCUAAUGGUCAGUGAACAGCCCUUGGAAGAUGUUUAUGAAAAGCCAAUGGUGGAGCUGGACAGACUGGAGGAGAAACAGAAGGAGACAUACCGGCGUAUGCUGGAACAACUUCUGCUGGCAGAGAAAUGCCAUCGGCGCACAGUAUAUGAACUGGAGAAUGAGAAACAGAAGCACACAGAAUACAUGAACAAGAGUGACGACUUUACAAACCUGUUGGAGCAGGAGAGGGAACGGUUAAAAAGACUUCUAGAACAAGAAAAGGUAUACCAGUCAAGAAAAGAAAAAGAGCAAAGUAAACGGGCCAAUAAACUUCGAGAAGAACUCGUCAAGCUCAAAUCAUUUGCACUGAUGCUAGUGGAUGAAAGGCAAAUGCACAUUGAUCAGAUUGGACAGCAAACUCAGAAGUUGGAAGAACUUUCACAAAAACUUCAAGAAGAGGAAGAAAAGCUAAAAGCUGCAAGUGUACAAGCUAAUGAGGAGGGACACAAAAUCAGAAAACUAGAAGCAGAACUUGAAAAUAAAUCAUUAAAAUUUCUGCAGGAACAUGAGGACAUGACAGCCAAAUUUUCUAAUCAAGAAUCACAAAAUCGGCAGCUGAGACUUAAGGUCACUGGGCUGUCACGUAGAAUUGAGGAACUAGAGGCUGUUAAUAAAACUCUGCGGAAAGCCGAGGAAGAGCUUCAGGAAGUAAGAGACAAAAUAAGUAAAGGAGAAUGCGGUAAUUCCAGUCUAAUCAAUGAACUGGAAAACCUAAGGAAGCGUGUUCUGGAGAUGGAGGGUAAAGAUGAAGAAAUUACAAAAACAGACUCACAGUGCAAAGAACUAAAAAAGAAAUUGCAUGAAGAAGAACUUCGUAGUAAAGAACUGAAGUAUGAGGUAGAAAAAUUGCAGAAAAGAAUGGCAGAAUUAGAAAAACUAGAAGAUGCCUUUAACAAAAGUAAAACCGAAUGUGGGCAACUACACUUCAACCUGGAAAAAGAGAAGAACUUAACCAAAGAUCUGGUAAAUGAGUUAGAAAUGGUUAAAAUGCAUGUUAAAGAAUUAGAGUCAUCAGAACAUAGACUAGAAAAGAGUGAACUCAACUUAAAAGAUGAGUUGACAAAGCUGAAGUCAUUUAUUGUCUUACUAGUUGAUGAAAGAAAAAACAUGACAGAAAAGAUUAGGCAAGAGGAAUGGAAAGUGAAGGAAUUAAGUCAGAGUUUGAAGAUAGAGCAAGGUAAGGUUAUGGAAGUAACUGAAAAAUUAAUAGAUGAAAGCAAGAAAGUCCUCAAGCUAAAAUCUGAAAUGGAAGACAAAGUAUGUAACCUUAACAAAGAGAAAGAUGAGCUUAAUGAUAAAUUACGAAGUGAGCAACAAAAAAUGCUCGAUUUGAAUUCUCAGCUCAUGAUGUUAAGAAAGAGACUUGAUAAGGAAAAUGAAGUAGAAGAGGGAUCAAUAAAAAAAACAAAAAGAGAAUUAUCACAUGGUGCAGAGAUAUCUGGGCAACAAGAAAAAAUAAAAGAACUAACACUGGAGAUUGAAAGACUGAAGAGCCGUCUUGCACAACUGGAAGUAGUUGAAGGUGAUCUUAUUAAAACGGAGGAUGAGUAUGACAGACUGCAGCAGAAGUUUAGAAUAGAACAAGUAAAAGCAAAUCUUUUAUCCCAGCAGCUUGAGGAAAUGAAGAACCAGAUUGCUAAAAAUAAAGCAAUUGAAAAAGGUGAAGCUCUGAGUCAGGAAGCAGACCUGCGAAAUCGUUUGCGAGUUGAAGAGACUAGAAGCAGGGAUUUAAAAGCAGAGGUCCAGGCUCUUAAGGAAAAAAUUCAUGAACUUAUGAACAAGGAAGACCAGCUUUCUCAGAUGCAGGUUGACUAUGCAGUCCUUCAGCAAAGGUUCUUUGAGGAAGAAAACAAAAAUAAAGAUAUGGGACAUGAGGUUGUUAAUUUAUGUAAAGAACUGGAACUCACAAAACGUUAUAGUCGAGCACUUAGACCUAGUGUAAAUGGUAGGAGAAUGGUAGAUGUCCCAGUUACAUCAACAGGAGUACAAACUGAUGCAGUGUCUAAUGACACAGCUGAAGAAGAAACACCUGCAGUGUUUAUACAAAAAUCCUUUCAAGAGGAAAGUCAUCUUAUGAAUAAUUUAAGACAGAUAGGCCUCAAAAAACCCACAGAAAAACCAGCUGUACUUGACAGGUACCCUCCUGCAGCAAAUGAACUGCAUCUUAGGAAAUCAUGGAUACCAUGGAUGAAGAAGCGAGAAAACUGUCCACAGAUUAUUCAAGAUAAAGCAAGUCCUAGUAGCAGUGGCCCAGGACAUCAUGGUGAAGUGAUAUUUUCGCAAAAACAGGGACAACCGCUUCAUAUUCGAGUUACUCCAGACCAUGAGAAUAGCACAGCUACACUGGAGAUAACUAGCCCAAGUUCAGAAGAUUUCUUCUCAAGCACAACUGUAAUUCCAACCCUAGGGGUUCAAAAGCCACAUAUUACAAUAAUCCCCACUUCAAAUACUAUACCCAGUAAGGUUAGAAAUAAAGAGAAUCCUGUAUCCCCUGAGCGUGCCAUGUCACCAAUCACAAUAACUACCUUCUCAAGGGCAAAAUCUCCUGAAAGAGGACUAACCUCUUUUCCAGAAAGACCAGCAUCACCAAUACAGAUUAUGACAGUAUCCACCUCUGCAGUACCAUCUGAAAUUUCUGUUUCUCCUGAACCUCCUGAGCUGACUAUGGGGCGUACAGUUUUUAAGGUUACACCAGAAAAACAGACAUUGCCUACUCCAGUCCGGAAGUACAAUUCCAAUGCAAACAUUAUAACAACAGAGGAUAACAAAAUCCAUAUUCACUUAGGACCUCAGUUUAAGAGACCAUCCAAUGCUUCUUCAGAGGGUAGCAGUCCUAUCAUAACAGUAAGACCUAUUAAUGUAACAGCAGAACACAAGGAACUGACAAAUGGCACGGUUCUGCGUUCUCCAAGAAACAACGCAUCCCCUAGAAGCCCACCAAACAAAAUGAUGAGCAGUAUCACAAUAACUCCAGUUACAUCUUCACCUACAAGGGCCACACAAUCCCAGACAGGGCAGGAUGGGUCUACAGCACCACGCCCCACGCCCACCCGCAUCCCUAUUUCAAAAGGUAUGAAAGCAGUGAAGCCGGUAGUGGCAGCUGUUGGAGCAGGAAGUCUGGCAAAGUUAGAGUCACGUGCUGAGAGCCAUUCAAUGAAAAUUGAACUGAAGAAGUCUUCAGCCAACAGCUCUGCCUCUCAUGGUGGGGGGAAGGGCUGAAGGCAGUGGCAAAGGGGAAAGUGUUUUCAUUCACCAUUUGCGACUGAAUUCUAGAUGAAACAGUGUUCCGAUGUACUGCUAUGUUUCAUUGCCGCCACUGAAUGAUAUGCCACUACUGUCUGCAGGUUACAGGCAAUGCUGCUGACUCGUUUUCAGUGCUACUGAGUGCUGUAGGAGCCGAUCUAUUACCUGCUGUUUCAUUGUAUAGUUGAAAAUCCUUUAAAAAUUAAAAAGUAAAACUUUCUAGAUGUAAAAAUGAAAAGCGAUAAACUUGUCUUUAUAUUUUAGGGUAUUGUUUUGUGUUUCUUGAUAAUGCAAAUGUAUUAACAUAGAGUUUCAGCAGGAAAUGCUAAGAUUUUCACAUGCAGUUAUAUUUUUGUAACCAUUUCUGCAUUAAGUUUACAUAUAUAUGUGCUUGUGUACUCAAGUGUGUAUAUGUGUAUGUUUGUCUUUUUACUCAGAUUCACAAAGAUAAGCUUCAUAUUGUAACUCACACAACUUUUUACUAAACUAAAAUCACAUGCUAGCAUGUCCUAUAAAUGCAUAUCCAUUCAGGGAUAGAAAAAAACGGAAUAUAAAUGCUUGCUUUUUAUUAUGGCCCUGAAAGGAGUUCACAAGUUCAGAGCACUUGCAGUACAAGCCUUGUAAUAUUUAUAUAAUAGGAUGAUAUCUCUGACUCUCAGGAAUAUUCACCAUGGUUUUAAGUAAGAAACUUUCCUUGCAUGUUACGGUUUUCAAGCACUAACAUCUUCAUGUUGAAUUAUUGUACUGUGCAGGCUGUCUAACCGCGUACUGCAGGAGAAAGCCCAUUGGACUGCCUUGUAAUUUUACUAACUUCAACACAGAAUAAGAAAACCACUGCAGGAGUACUUUGAUAAACAGAAAAUGAAGCUUUGAAAGUCAUUCUCAUACUUUUUCUUUUAUACAGAGUACUUAAAGCCAUAGUUGUAUCUGUAGCACAAGAAAUGCACAUACUUUCAAAGAAUAAGCAAUAACAGCUAAUUGCAUGCUGAAAUGAAGGAAGCUAAACAUUUAAUGUAUACCUUGAUAAAUUAAAAGAAUCUGCAAUGUAUAGCUCUUGUUGCUGUUUCAUAUAACCACUGUAAGCAAACACACCCUCUGUAUAUGUCAUUUGUUAAAGUGGCCACUAUUCAGGAUAUAGAUACAAGUUGUAAAUGUAUUCAUAUGUUGCCAUUUAAGUUCAUCUAAUUCAAUAACACUUAAAGAAGCUAGGAAAAUCAAAUAUAAAGCUUAUCAUAUGAGCUGUUUCUUUGGGUUUCAGUUAUAUAUUGUUCCUUUCCACAUAGAGAACUCAUUACACAUUUAAAAAAUAAUAAUAAAAUAAAAUAAAACCAGCAAUAAAAAGAACACUAAUGUUAGCUUACAGAGCAUACCUCUCAAUCUCUUAGAGCAAGAAAUCUGGACAAAGCCAAAAAAUAAUGGCCCAAAAAU